AAUUAAGAAUAAAGAGUUGUAAUCACGCUAGAUAUAUAACUCUUUUGAAUCAAUCUCCUAGUUAUAGCUGAUCAUACUAAAGUCAACAUGUAUCACAUCUUUCAGAUCUCCAGCGAAGUUUUCAGAGCUUUUGGUUUGAAGAUGAAGAUUCUGCUAACACUAGUCUUUAGUGGCUUACUAAUUUGGUCUGUAGUGUUAGUUUCAUUCUCAAACGACUUCAACAACCAACUUCUUGUUGCUACUUCCAACGUUUCAAGGGAAUCCGAAACACCGAGAGAUAGACUGAUCGGAGGGCUUUUAACCGCGGAUUUCGAUGAAGGUUCUUGCUUGAGUAGGUAUCAGCAAUCUUUGUUGUACCGGAAGGCUUCACCGUACAAGCCUUCGGAAUAUCUUGUCUCUAAGCUUAGAAGUUACGAGAAGCUUCACAAGCGUUGCGGUCCAGGCACGGAUGCUUACAAGAAAGCAACAGAGAUUCUUGGUCAUGAUGAUGAGAAUUAUGCAAGCAAAUCUGUUGGUGAAUGCAGAUACAUUGUGUGGGUUGCGGUUUACGGGCUUGGAAACAGAAUACUUACUCUUGCCUCUGUCUUCCUCUACGCUCUCUUGACAGAGAGAGUUGUUCUUGUUGAUCAAAGCAAAGAUAUAAGUGAUCUCUUCUGCGAGCCGUUUCCAGGUACUUCAUGGUUACUUCCUCUUGAAUUCCCAUUGAUGAAGCAGAUUGAUGGCUACAACAAGGGAUACUCUCGUUGUUACGGAACAAUGUUGAACAAUCAAGCCAUCAACUCCACUUUGAUCCCGCCGCAUCUGUAUCUUCAUAUUCUUCAUGAUUCAAGGGAUAAUGAUAAGAUGUUCUUCUGUCAAAAGGAUCAAUCUUUAGUGGACAAAGUCCCUUGGUUGAUUGUCAAAGCCAAUGUCUACUUUGUCCCAUCUUUAUGGUUGAAUCCAACUUUCCAAACCGAACUAAUGAAGCUGUUCCCGCAGAAAGAAGCCGUCUUUCACCAUCUCGCUCGGUAUCUUUUUCACCCGACGAAUCAAGUUUGGGGCUUGAUCACAAGAUCCUACAAUGCCUACUUAUCAAGAGCAGACGAGACGCUUGGUAUUCAGAUACGGGUAUUCAGCGAUCGAGCUGGAUAUUUUCAGCAUGUAAUGGAUCAGGUCGUAGCUUGUACACGAAGAGAGAACCUUUUGCCUGAACCAGCUGCACAAGAAGAACCAAAAGUCAAUAUAUCAAGAAGCCAGAAACUUAAAGCUGUUCUUGUCACAUCUUUGUAUCCAGAGUACUCUGAAACCUUAAAGAACAUGUAUUGGGAACGACCGAGUUCAACAGGGGAGAUCAUUGAAGUUUAUCAGCCAAGUGGAGAAAGGGUUCAACAAACAGACAAGAAGCUACACGACCAAAAGGCGCUCGCCGAGAUGUAUCUUCUAAGUCUAACUGAUAAAAUAGUCACAAGUGCAAGGUCUACAUUUGGAUAUGUUGCUCAUAGUCUUGGAGGAUUAAAGCCAUGGUUACUCUAUCAGCCAACAGGUCCUACAGCUCCUGAUCCACCGUGUAUUCAAUCCACGUCGAUGGACCCUUGUCACCUUACUCCUCCGUCUCAUGGAUGUGAACCCGAAUGGGGAACUAACUCCGGGAAGGUAGUUCCUUUUGUAAGGCAUUGUGAGGAUCGUGGGAACGAUGGUCUUAAGCUAUUUGAUGAGUUAUAGAUCUUCUUUAAUAUAGCUGAUUCAAUAGGAUUGUGAGUUAUUGAAACAGAGAAUCUUUGAUGAAUUCUUCUGAUUGCAUGUAAUAAUCAAAUUUUAAUCUUUGUUUCUUUAGAGUCGUCUAUAAUAAUCAUUAUUAGUGUCCUGGUUCAGUUUUUAAUUAAACACACAAAUAAGAGAAUCAUAUUUUCAUGCUUAA